AAUAAUUAACAUUCCAAGCAUCGUAUAAAAUCUUGAGUUGUGUUUUAUGAGAAAGUCUGUGUUGUGUAAAAAUAAUUAGCGCCUCCAUACAUUAGACGUGAAAGUGGGCUUUGUCAACAUUUAUUUACAUUUCGUCAGUUUUGAAUUACUGUAGGUAUAAAUGGGAUAUUAAUUGAUUGCAGGCAUAUUAAUUAUAAUUAGUUUCACUUUAGAAGAUAUACUACUGUAGGAACAUGGACAUUUUUGGAUUAACCUUUACCUUUUGGACAAUUGUGAAAACUGUCUUCAUACUUUGGCUGUUUUCAGUGAUAUAUGACUGGCUGGCAGUAUUUGCUUGGAGGAGAAAGUAUAAGCUGAAGGGAAAAUUUCCUUUUCCAGUUGUGGGAACAUUGCCCUAUGUCAUUGGCAGGAGCUGGGAUGACCUUGAUAAUGAAAUGUUACAGAAAUAUGGACCAGUAUCUGCAGGAUCUGUUGGUAAAAUGAAAAUCAUAUCUGUUGCUGACAUUGGCUUAAUGAAGAAAAUAUUUGUUAAAGAACAUGUGCACUUUCAGAACAGAUUCACAAUUGACAGUUUCGAUCCUUGGCCAAUGAACAAGACAUUACUGUCCCUGAAAGAUGAGCAAUGGAAACGAGUGAGAAAUAUAAUUACACCAACUUUCAGUGCCGGUAAACUGAAGAAGAUGACCAAAGAGAUAAAUUAUUGUGCAGAACUUUUAACAUCUGGGUUGAUUGAGAAAGCCAAGUCUGGUGAAGAAGUUGACAGUAGGAAACACCUUGGCUGCUACACAAUGGAUGUGAUUGCGAGCACAGCAUUUGGUAUAAGGACAGACGCGUACAACAAUCCUGAUGACUCUUUUGUUUCUCUCGCUCAGAAAGUUUUCGGAUCAUCUUCAUUUAAUCCAAUAGCUCUGCUUGCUAUGCUAUUCCCAAACUUGGCUGGUUUUCUUGUGAAGAUGUUUGGAAUUAGUGUCUAUUAUCCGAAAGAUUCCCUAGCGUUCUUCGUUGAUGUGAUCAAGAAAAUAAUUAAGGAGCGGCAGGAAAAAGAGGAUACCGAGAGGACAGACAUGUUACAACUGAUGAUGAAUGCAGAGUUGCAAGUGGGGACAGAGGAUGGUACUCAAUCUGUUAAAAAGCUUUCAUUAGAUGAGCUAUUAGGCCAGGGAAUAAUUGGUUUUGUUGCGGGCUAUGAAACAACAGCUUUAUUGAUGACGUACCUGUCCUACGUGCUGGCAACACACCCUGAUGUUCAGAAGAAACUUCAGGAUGAAAUAGAUGAACAUGUCCCAGCUGAAGCCACAGAAGUCAGUUAUGACGUUGUUAUGGAAAUGCCGUAUCUGGAUCAAGUUAUUAAUGAAACUUUGAGAAUGUACCCGCCUGUAACUAAGAUGAACAGGACCACACCAAAGCACGAGGACGUCGAGAUUGACGGUCACUGGUUUCCCCGUGACACAAUGAUUUCGUACUCAAUCUGGCAGGUACAUCACUGUCUAGGCCUGUACCCAGAACCUGAGAAAUUCAUACCAGAGAGAUUUUCUUCUGAGGAGAAAGCCAAGCGUGACCCAUUUGUUUUCAUGCCAUUCGGCCAUGGGCCCAGGAAUUGUAUUGGUAUGAGGCUGGCGUUGCUGGAGGCAAAAAUCGCAACUGUUGCAGUACUUAGAAAGCUGAAGUUUGUGAAAUGUGCAGAAACUGAGGAGAAAUUACAGCUAAUUAAAGAAUCGUUUUUGAGACCCAAGAACCCGAUUAAAGUUGGAGUUGUCCUCCGAUAAACUACAAAGGAAAGAAGCCACGGAGACCUGUCCUCAAAUGCUAGUCAUAAAAAUGUGUCAUAGUAACAGGAUCUGGUAUUCUGUUAUUCUGUUACGUGUUAAUUGAUGUUUUGAUUUCGCUUUUUUUAAACGACGAUGAUGACGGAUGAAUGGCUUCAAUUUAGAACUUUGUUUAUAUGGAAGGUUACAUAUGUGUCAGAAAAUACGUUCAUUGCUUACAUGACCAAAGUGUUUCAAGUUCAUGAAACGAUGCACUUUUAUAUUUACAGUUACCAUUUCAGUAAAUAGUGAAAUUAUACACAAAAUGUAAUUGUCUUGAUAAGCUGGGUGGAUCAUAAGCAAACAAUUAGAAGCCAGGAAUCACAAAUGUCUAUCUUUUUUUCAGAUUUAACAUCGCACCGACACAUGAUAGGUCAUAUGGCGACUUUCCAGCUUAAAUGGUGGAGGAAGACCCCAGGUGCCCCUCCAUGCAUUAUUUCAUCACGAGCGGGCACCUGGGUGGAACCACCGACCUUCCGUAAGCCAGCUGGACGGCUUCCUCACAUGAAGAAUUCAACGCCUCGAGUGAGGCUCGAACCCACAUCGAUGAGGGGCAAGUGAUUUUUUGAAGCCAGCGACUUUAACCACUUGGACACGGAGGCCCCAAAACGUCUAUCUAGUUUUAUAUAUAAAGAAACCGUUGCUUUCAAAACGGCAUCUGCGAACAUAUUUGUUCAUUUUAUAAUGCUGGCAUUUCUUUAUUGAUAGGAAUAUAUUUCACCAGGACUUUAGCAGUCUUCUGAAUGCAUUUCAGAUAUUAUUGAUAUUUAAUUGAAACGUUAUGCGUAGUUAGACGUAGGGCAGUACUUUUUAACUCCAUUUCAGUCAUUGUAUCUAGAUUGUUGCAGCCAUCACAGCAAAAUCUUUACUCACAUCCGUCCUUGUUAUGUUCUCGUUGGUGUCCUGACAAACAUCAUAGUCUUCCAAAACUUGAGCUUGGGCAUAUACAAGAAUUUUUCUACUUUUUCUUUUGUUCUUUGACUUUCCACUUCACAAUACGUUAUUUGUAUUCGUGUAUUUUACUUCAUUUCCUAUGUUAAAUACUUUUGAUGGCAUUUUUACAUUAUUAUGUUAGAGGACCAUAUGUUAGACUGGCUAUAGUCAAAUAUGUUAUCCUCUUUGAAUAAAGUUCUUCUUCUUAUUAUUAUUAUUAUUAUUUUUAUUUUUAUUAUCAUUUAACUUUGAUGUUAAGCAGAAUCGUUUGUACUUUGUAUUCUUUCAGUCUCUACCUCACCUAUUUUUUUCAAGGUCAAGGAAAAGUCAGCCAUUUUUUAAUUGUUUAGGGAAAUUUGAAAGUGGAGCAAAAGUCAGAGAAAUAUGGAACCAGAGGUCAAGAGCCGAGGAAUCAAUUUGUAAAAAGAUAAAACUUUAAUUUUUGGCUAAACCAAGCAUUUUUACAAAUAUUUCAGUUAGCAGUAAAAUAUAUUCUUGAUUUUACAUCCAAACAUUAUAGUUUAUCAGGUUAACUGCCCGUAGUUACAUAGAAAAGCGGCGAUAAACCCAAAACAAUAAAUCUUUAGAUUUAAAAUCAACUUUUUAUUUCAUUUUAUUUUUCAAAGCAAUUGAUAUUUUCCCUACUGAAAAUUAGUGUGAGUGAAGUGGAGAAUUUGGAAACAUCUCCCUUUCAUAUUUUGCAAAACAUUCUAAUUUUCAAUUCAUUUUGUAUUGUACUCUAAAAAAUGACAAUUUAAAACUUUUCAGUCUAUGAUAAUAUCUUUUUAUUUUUUAUGCCCUCGAAAGGAGGCAUAUUAGUUGUCAACUGUCCGUCCGUUCGUUCGUCACAACGUUAACUUUUUGCAUGAAGGCCAACGUUAACGUUUGCAUGAAGGCACUUUACUCGCGAACCACUGCACCCAGGACCUUCAAAUUUCACUUGCUGUUGUACUUAUUGAGUUCACGACAUCUACUGACAUUGGGGUCACCAGGUCAAAGGUCAAGGUCACAGAGGCCAAUGUUAACUAUUUGCAUGAAGGCACUUUACUCGCGAACCACUGCACCCAGGACAACAUUUUAUUUUUCAAAGCAGUUGAUAUUUUCCCUACUGAAAAUUUAUGUUAGUGUAGAGAAUAUGAAAAAUAUCCCCCUUUUUAUAAUUUGCAAGACAUUCCUACUUUCAAUUCAUUUCAUAUUGUACGCUAAAAAUGAUAAUUUGAAACUUUUCAGUCUAUAAUAAUAUUUUUUUAAUUUAUAUUUUAAACAGACUGAUUUCAUCAAAGUCAGAUCUGAAAUUUUCUCACACAGAAAUAUGUCGCUUGUUUAUAAUACAUGUAUAUAAUAUCAGUUUUAUACGUAGGAAAUUUGUUUCAUACAACGAAAACAUAACUUUUUACACUUAGAAUAAUUUAUAUAUGAAAACAAACUAUUUAGCUCAUAAAAUUCAUAUUAAUUUUUAAACAUUUUUUACAACUUUAUGCUUUUUUGUUAUAAAAAAAUUCCAAAAUGAGAAAUACAUAAAAAAAUCAUAAGCAGUGAAAUUGACUUAUUGCAAAUAUACUUUUAUUUUAAUGUUAAAAAGUGAAUUGUAUUACAAAAGUGACUUAUUUUAUAGUAUUAUUAUUCAAGGUAUUAUAUAUUAAAUGUAGUUUUAGUAAAGAAACUUGCUUCUUUUGUUAUGUCCUCAUUUUCAGUCCCCUACUGAUGGAACUCUGGAGGAGACUACAGGAAUGCCAUCCAUCCGUCCGUUUGUCUAUCCGUCUGCAAAGCUGUAUCCUGCAAUAACUCAAAUAGUAUUCAAGCUAGGUUCAUAAAACUUAGUACGUGGAUAGAGGGCAGUAUGUAGAUUAUGCUUGUACAUGAUUUAUGAUGUAGGUCAUAGGUCAAGGUCACUACUGAAGGUCAAGUAAAAAAUUGUUUCCCUUCCAUAACACUUGUAUGCAUUGAUAGAUUAUCUGAGUGCUACACACAAAUGUUCCCCAUGAUUAGAAUUUGUGUCGCGCACAUGACCUAUGGUUGUCGGUCAAAGGUCAAAGGCGCUAUUGAAGGUCAAGUAAAAUUGUUUCGGCUCCGUAACUUUUAUGUGCAUUGAUUGAUUAUCUUAGUAUUGCACACAAAUAUUCCCCAAGAUGAGACAAUGUGUUACGUACAUGAUCUGUGCUUGUAGGUCAAGGUAAUUAUUGAAAAUUAAAUAAAACAAUUUUUGUUCCUUAGCUCUGAAAUGCCUUGAAGCACUAUUACUCCAAACGCUGUUGCCAACAGUCACAAGGAACGGACAUUGAGUAACAAAGUUUAACACCGGUAGAGGACUUCUGUAUUGCCAUUUGCCAAUGUAAUACUUAGUCACUUUUUUAGUCUGUGACGAAAAGUGACUCUCCAGUCUAUUUAGACAAAAUUUCUUACGAAAAUCGCCUGCUUAGCUUCCUGAAAUAAGAUGCAUGGGGGAAAGCAAUAAACAUUGCCCUCGCAAUAUCAAAUAUCGGCCGUGGACCUCUGAUUUAUAUAUGUGGCGGGUGGCUGUAUUGAUUUUCUGUCAUAUAUGGCUUAUCGCGCGGGAGGUUUCCUUACGACGAUCGUGCACCAUCGGGUAUUUCCGUAUUCUCCGUCUAUUGCAUAGCAUAAAGUUCGAGAUGAUCAGAUUGUCGUUACGAGUGAAGACUUUAGAUAGAGAUGGUACCUACCCGAAUAAAUCAAAGUGAACAACUCUGAAUUGACCAAUAAAAUGAAGCCAACAUUAAACAUUGGUCAAAAGUGAAAGAAAAAUCAGAUAGGUCC